CUCACGGUUGUAGUGCGGCUGCGCUGGCGACGCUGUUUGUUAGCCAGCCAGCUAAUCAGCUAGCUACUCACCGGAGCUCCGUAGUUUGCCGCGCUUCGUCCGCCGGUGUCCGCCGGUGUCCGCCGGUGUCGUGUCGCGGGCUGACUCGCACAAGAUGCCGGUGGUUUGAUGCUUAAUGUGCCGCUGCAGCAGCCGCGGAGGAGCGGCGGCAGACGGCGGGUUAGAGAGCGAUGCUAACUUAGCGGCUAACGGUUAGCGGCUAACGGUUAGCUCAUUCAGCGUUUCGCCCGUUAACAAUGACUCUGCGUCGGCUAGCGGCUAGCGGCUAACGGCUAACGGCUAGCUCGGGUGAUGAUCCAGGCCGCCGCCGAGGCGAUGUGUGUCCGAUGGAGGUGAAGCGUUGCUCGGCUUGCCGACCAUGACGGACCGCCUCAACCCGGUUUUUGUGCCUCUUGCAGCGGGAGGCGGAUCAUGGAAGCCGACGAGGACUGGAGCCAAAACCUGAGUGCGCACAAACUGCUGGACCGAAAGCAGAAUGGAAGGAUUGGUACAGUGAGAACCCUCCACAGUCUGUUGAAACCACAGGACACACUCCAGAUUCAUUCACAAUGUGCUGGCUCCUGUCCCAAUCUGAUGAUGAGUAGGAGCGAGCACGCCGAUGCGAGGCCCGUCCCCGUGGCCCUCACCCCCCAGCUGCCCCCCAGAGCUCACCGGCCCCUCUGCAUGUCGGUCUCCUCCGACAGCAGCGGACGCUUCAGAGCUCUGGAGACGCAGGAGUGGAAGAACAACCUCAAAGCUCAGAUGGAGCAGGCCCACAGCGCGGGAGCAGCCAGCAGCACCGGCUCUCUGGAGCGAGCAUCUCUCUUCUGCGCCUCCGCUUCCACCACGGCGUCCAGCUCCGGUCUGUCGAGCCCGGUGGAGAUCCUCAACAAGAGCAAAUCCUCCAGCCGCUUCUCUCUCUUCUCUCCGCCCUGGAACAGCAGCUCCGAGUCCGACUCCAACCCUCCGUCACGCUCGGGCUCCAAGAAGCUGCGCAACUACAGCAGGAGAGCCGCCACGGGGCCGGCCGGCGCCAGGGGCCCUGACACGCCUGAGCCCAAACCCAGCGGCCCCGAACACUUCCAGUACUCCGAACCCGUCAUCUCCAAGGUGACGGACUACAUCUACGUCGGCAACCUGAACGCGGCAUACAAUGGGCGCACCUUGUGCCGCAACAACAUCGACAGCAUCAUCGACAUGAGCAGCGUGCCGGGAGAGCCGGGCCCGAGCCUCAACCUCAUACCGUGCACCUGCUCCCGCGGCGCCCGCCACAGCUGGUCCCGCCUCAAGGUGGACAUCGGAGACGUGCCGGACGCUCUGGGCGACGGCCCCGCCCUGAAGCAGCGCUGCUUCGAGGACAUCAACGAGUGCAUCGACGCCUCCACGGGGAAGAGGAAGCGCGUCCUGGUGCACUGUCGAGACGGGUUCUCUCUGGCGCCGACGUGCAUCAUCCAGUACCUGAUGGUGAAACAGAACAUGAGGCUGAUAGCCGCCUACGAGCUCCUGAGGGCCAAGUACCCGGUCAACAUCAGGGAGUGCCACCAAAACGUGCUGGUGAGCCUGGAGAGGGCGCUGCGGCCCGGAGGCAACGUCGACCCCGAGUGCUUCAAACAGGCCAUCUCUCGCAAAGUGGCGUGGACCUGACUCCGUUUCCCAACAGGCUCUGCUGCUGCUCGCGGCGCCCGUUGCUCCUCCCGCCCUCCCGUGGUGUUAGAUAUUCCCCUAAAGACAACCGAGGGCAGCUGAACUUUCCCCCCGUAGACUCGUCACCUGGAUAUUAUCGUCCCCACUUUGAGUUCAGUGGUUGUAAAAGUUAUGAAUUUGAUGUAUUACCUCUUCAAAACCUGUAAAUGUGACCCGCCCUCCCCUCACCGAACAGGAGACGCAAUAGACUUCACUGUAAUGUACACAGCUUCUUGGUAUAACAGUGUAAUCGUGUUGGCUGUAUAGUUGAUAUAGUCCUGCUUCAGUUCUGUGCCAUGCCGUUGUGGUGGUGUUUUUAUAUCAGGGGAAUUUCUAAACGGGAGAUCUCAGGAGAUUAUUGAUGUCACUCCAGUACAGGGUGGGAAAAUACUCAUUGGAUUAAUCUGUGCCCCUCCCCGGUUCACACCUGGCUGAAAUGCAUCUUGGUAAAGCUUUGUGUAUAACACAUAGGGUCGGGCAGGUUUCUCACCUGGAAAACCUGGAAAUUUACAGACCAGUUUUCCAGUAAACUCCUUGAAAUUGUUUAAAAUUACAAUCCUGGAAAUAAUCCACAUUUGUAGCUAUUCACUCAGAUCGCCUACGUAAACCAGGGUGCUGUCCUGGAUUGUCUAGAAAACCACCUGUAAAAUGAUCUCUUAAAGAAUGUGUGAUACCACAUAGAGACGUUAUCUUCUAAUUGCUGACGCAGAUGUGUAAUGUGAAGGCACAUGACAGCACAAUAUGCAUAAAUCCUGUAUUUUCUACACAUCUAAAUCUCUCGUUUUCCCUGUUAUUAAUAAAAUGUCACUUUAAAGGGGGGGUUGUCAGUUUACUAAAUGAUAGAAAAAGGUUGGGAACCACUGGACUGUUGACAGUUAUUCCAAAUUCAAAAACCUCUCUUCAAGCUUUGUUAUCAUCAUUAAACCCUCGACACACACCAAACACACCACUCUAAUAUUGUAGAUAUAAGUAGGUUUUUGCAUUACAAAUUAAAUUUUCACUCAAGAAACAAUUAAAAUCACGAUGAUGUUAAUUUUGGGGGGUUUUGUCGCACAUUUUGAACUUCAUAAUAAGGUAUAAUUCUCUUGGGGAGCUCCCCAAAACUGUACCAAACCAAACAUCCUGGACCGAACGGCUUGGGAACGACUAACUGGUGAAUGUCCUGAAGCAUUUAGCCGCUUAUGAGACCCUGAGGAGUUGGUAGAGACCAAAAGCGGAGCUAAAAGAGUGCAAAUAUCCAAGUAAAAAUUUCUGGCAUUAAUGCUAAUGUUGCUCGAAAACUACAGGAUUUAUAAAUGUGCCAACAACAAGUCUGUGACACUUGUUUCUGUUGCCCCCAAAGUGGCUAAAAAAACAACAGUUACUGCCGGUUUACGGAGGCAUAAUUAAGGGAACACUAAUAAUACAACCACCAACAGAGUGGAGACGCCCUCUAGUGGUGAAAACCUCCACAGAGCACCUUUAAAGUUACUGAAAGUCACUGGAGAUGCAUUUCAGUUCCCCGACAGGUGUGAACAAUCUUUAUAGAUAUUAACACAAUCUGACCUUUUUUGUUUCUCUUCCUAUGAAUCUGUUUUGCCGGUAUGAUGAUCGUGUGGAUGUAAAAAAAAAACAAGAAAAACAGGAGCUGCUGAUACUCCGAAGUUUGGAGGACGUUUGUGUGAUUUGUAAUCGGAUCUAUCGCCACUGACUUUGAUUAAUCCGCUAUCGCAAGAGGGGAACUUUGCAUACGGACUCGUUUUAAACCUGCUUCCUGGUGACCUUUCUCUCUCUCUCUCUCUCGCUGUUUUUCUUUAUUUUUGUGUGUUUUCUGAGAUCGUACUUGAUGGAAGACGAACGGUCCAACGUGUCCUCUGUGAGGAAAAAGACUGCAAGCCCACAUUUUUCAAGCCACAGUUAAUUUGGGUUUUAAAAUCUCUCCGGUGGUGCUCAGACUGUGGCUCUUUGUGAACUUUUUGAACUUCGGCGUAUGCGGUGAAUCUCUGUGGAUUAUCAGUAUUAGUGCAUCGGUGCCACUGAACUGCCUUCCAAGGCUUUCGCAGUGCGAGAGAGGAUUUUGCACUACUCACAGGGGUCGUUCCAAAAUGCAAAGUAUUGACUGUUUUGUUUAUUUUAAUAUUGUUUGAAUUGUUGUUGUUUUGGGGUCAUUAUUGGGGGUUUACGAGGGAGUCUGACGGUUGUUUACGAGCUCAUUAGAAUAACCAGAUUAUGGUAAUCGGGUCAGUUAAAGUGGCUCUCGCUAUAUUAGGGCUGUCACUCUUUACCAAAAAUAAAGUUAUUUGGAAUAACACACAGUUACAAAAUCAAGUCCAAACACAUUAAAACUGUGGAAAAACAUAAACAUUAUAUAUUAAAGAGUCAGUGGACUUUAUGCCUGAACGACUUUUGUUUUCAAAUUUUUUUCUUUUUUUUGGUCUAUUUUGAAAAUACAAACAACUGGUUUUCUUUUCUUUUUAAAAAAAUAAACAAAUAUUUCUGUUUGGUUUUUUUUGUUGUUUUACAAAUAAAAAUGGAAAAGAAAUUUACCUGUUUUACAAUUUCUUUUAUUUUGAAAAUAAAUACGAUUUUUUUUUUUGUUUUUUUUGUUUUGAAAAUAAAAACCGGUGAAAAACAAACCCAUUUAACUUUUUUUAAAUUAAAAAAUAUAUAUAUUUUGGGUUUAUUCUGGUUUCCCAAAUUUGGUUUUCUCAUUUCAAAAUAAAAACCCUUUGACCAUAAAGUCCACUGACCUUGAAGGAUCAGCUCCUACCAGCUGACCGAACGUCCUUAUAUAUAAAUAUAUAAAUCUUUCUAUGUUAUCGGCGACGAUCCAGGUGCGGUUGUACGGUUGGCGUUACUCUGCUGCUGCCAAAAGCUAACGGCGGCGUACGAGCAGUUUACUGACCUUGGAGCUUAAGGAGUUCAAACACAACAAAUUUUUAAUUUUCAAAUUAAAAGAUGACAGCCCUACACACUGUUUGAUAACCUGAGUUUACUUUAUUUGUUUGGUUGUUGUUUACGGCCGCCUUCCAAAAGAAGACAACUUCUACUCAACGUGACCUUUUUAUUAAUAUUUUACUCCUUUUUCAACAACUAUUGUUUGAUCACACGUAAUCUGUAACACAACUUUUCUAAAAGAAAUAUGAAAGAAACUAUUUAAAUCAGUAAUUGUUGAAUUAAAGAAAAUCAAUCUGAGCACCGUCAAAUAAAGCAGCAAUUUAUAAUAAUUGAAUCUAGAUUAUUUUUUGAUGAAUUGAUUGUUUGGUCUAUAAAAUUUCGCCCGAAACAUUAAAAUCUCACAUUGGAAGAAGUUUGAAAUUUCUGCUUUAAUAAGCAACUUAAAAUAUUAAUUAAAAUUAAACUUUUGAUACCGACUAAUUGAUUAAAUCUAAAUGCUUCAACAUUGGUUACAGGUGUACGUCGUACAUACCCGAGAGUUGAGGCAGAGAAGUCGUAAGACACCACAUGGAAGAAACGUGUCCGUGAGACCCUGAACUAACCACACAAAGUGCUAACGGACUACUUUUUUCAUGUGUUUGCUGAAUUAUUUGACACUUUGUCCUCGAUUAAUAUCAAAAUCUGACAUUGUUACGAUAUAUGACAGAAAAACUUCAAAAAAACCAACCCGUUUAACGUUUUUAUUAUUUUUAUUAAAUAACAGGAAAAAGCAUAAUAAGUCUCCUUUAAGGGGAAAUAUAGGAGAGUUUGAUUUUAUGCAUCAGAUAUGCAGAAUUUGCAUUUGGGGUAAUAAUUAUAAAUUAAAUUAUAAUGUGUCCAACUUCAUUUUGUUUAGAUUAAUAACAGAUCACAUCGUUUUAUUUUCGAAACAAUCCGACGUACAGGACGGUUUUUAAAGUUAAAGUCGUCACGGCGCCGUCAGACAAGAAAGCGAAGAAGUACGGUGCCUUCGUUAAGAAGUCGUCUUGUGACCGUACGGUGACAUUUGCACACUUUGUAUGACUUUUAACUGAUUUAUCUGAUUGAUAUGUUGUAAAAUGUUCAAUAUUUUUGUUGAUGUUUUUAUUUUUUUGCAAUGAAGAUGAGAUUUGUGUAAAGUGGUCGUUGCUGUAAUAUAUUUGCUGGUCAUUAUUGUACAGUACCGGUGUUUUUUAUUAGUUUCUCAACAUAUACGAGGAGGCGCCACAGUGGAAGAAAGCACAUUUUGGUUUCUCCCUUUGUUGUUAAAGUCAUAUCAAACUGAAUCGGUUUUUCUAACUCGUUCUCUCAGGUGAUUUCUCAGUGGCCCAGAAUGUUCUCGAUGAAUAUGAAUAUUCAGAAAUGUGAAGCGAUGUGUUUCUCAUGUCAUGUUUCUCAAGUCGGAUAUAAUUUGUACUGUUGAAAUAUUAAAGAAAAAGGGAUGUACGUAAA